AUGUCUAAGAAGGUGGAUAAAGCUUUUAAAAAGCAUGGAAAUCUGAAAUUAAUAGAGUUCUAUGGAUUGAAGGUGAAAGAGUUAUGUUCUGUAUAUAAAGCUUUUCGUCAUAGUAAUUCUAAAUCUGAAACAACUUUUGAGUCAUAUGACAAAAGCAGUAGUUGUGAUGAUAAGUUUUCGGACAUUGGAGAUUUUGGAAUUGAGGAUGACAUCUAUACUCCUAGAAAAGUUAAUAAGGAUCCUGCAUACAUGCAUAGUAAAAUAUGUAAAUCUGAUGAUGAGUACAACAAAUUUAAAGAAAAUGUUGUUCAUUGGUUGGAAGAGUCUAAAGUCAGAAGAAAUUUAAAAGGAAUUGAUUUGUAUAUGACGUGGAAAACAAGAGGUAACAGUAAUGAUUGUGGGAUUUUUUUGAUGCGUCAUAUGGAAACUUAUAAGGGAGGUGCUUUAGCUCAAUGGACAUGUGGGUUUAAAAUGGAAACUGUUGAGCAGAUUUAUCAACUUAGAAAGCUUCGAAGAAGAUAUUGUUUGAAAAUUCUGUUGAGUGAAGUGAAUAUAAUGAAACAUGAAGUUGAGCAACUUAUUGAUGAGUAUCAAAAGCUUUCUACAAAUGAUAGGUGUGUAUUGUAUGAUGAAGGUAUUAUCAAUAUAGGAGCUCGGUUAGCUGCAUUUGGUCCAUGA